UCACUUUUCUUUUUCUUUUAAUAAUUGAAGACACCGUCCGUUGAAAAAUUCUUGGUAAACAAUUUGAAUCCAAUCCCAUUAAAGUUAAGAUUUUCUGAAUAUAAAUGGUCAUAAGGACUCAUGAUUUCGAUCUUUUGCCUUGGACCGGACCACGUGAAUGAUGCCGAAAGAGAAAAGUCCUCUUCGGACCCUGCAGAGGGAAGGAGAUACAUUGAAAAAGGAGAUUGAUGCAUACAUGGAAGAAUGUGCAUUAGUUUUGGAUGAUUCAACUCUUAAGGACAGAACUUCACGAAUGAAGAAACUAUUUGAACGAUGUGGAACUUUGAGGAAAAAAUGCAAAGCACUUGAAAAAAAGCUUUCAAAUUUAUCCAAGGGUAAAGAGCCAAUAGUUAUACCCAACUUUGAUGAGGCUAGAUGUGAUGAGGCAGACCGUAUGCAUGCCCUUGAGGUGAGGUUGGGGAAAAUAGGCAGUAAACUGGAGCCUGAUGAAGUGGAGGAAUCUUAUUUCAACAAUAUGAAAGGUAAAGACAAAGCAAGUGAAAGACAGGGAAACAAGCCAUCAACUGGAUGGGCUGACAAUGAUAGCGAUGAUGAUGACGAUGAUGAUGAUGAUGACAGUGACGAAGAAGAUGAGGAAAAUGAAGGUGAAGGAGAAGAAGAAAGCAAGAUGGAAACUACCAAUCCAGAGGAGGAAAAUGAUGAAGAUGAUGAAAAGGAAGAUGAUGCAAAGAAGACAAAGUUAAAACGAUUAAGUGUAUUUCGACGUUCCAAGACUGAUAAAGGUGACGAUGAUGUAGAGAAAGACAAGAAAGACAAAGACAAAAAGGACAAAGACAAAAAAGAUAAAGAUAAAAAAGACAAGAAAGAAAAAGAUAAAAAGGGAAAAGAAAAGUCAGAGAAGGAAAAAGAAAAGGAAAAAGAAAAAGAACGUAAAGAACAAGAAAAGAAGGAGAAAAAAGAAAAGGAGAAAUUAGAAAAGGAAAGAAAAGAAAAGGAAAAGAAAGAGCAGAAGGAAAAAGAACAGGAAGAAAAAAGAAAGAAGAAAGAAAAGGAAAUAGCUGCAAAAUCAGCAAAAAGUAAGAAGGGGGAAGAUGGUGAUGCUAAAAAGGAAAAAGAUGAGGAUAAACGACCUGACUCACCUACUAAAAGAGGCUUUGGAGCUAAAUUAUUCAGUCGAGACUCAAAGAAACCCAAAACAGAUACAUCUAAGCAAGAAAUUGUUGAAGAUGGAAGUGAUGAUGAUGGCGAUGGUGAAGAUGAUGAAGAUGUGGAUGGAAUGGAUAGUGAAGAAGGAGAAAGAUCAGAAGAGGACAUGGAGGAGGAGGAAGAAGAAGAUGAAGAAGAGGAGGAAGAAGAGGGACCUGAAGAUCUUGAGGAGGAAGGAGAGGAAGAGGAGGAGGAUGAACAAGUCAAACAAAAGAAAGUUGAGGCUAAACAGGACAAGAAGAAAGGAUGGAGCUUAUUCCGCAAAGACAAGUCACCUCAAAGGCAAAUCAAGAAGGAGAAUGAAAAGGAUAAUAAGAAAAAGAAGAUAGAAGACAAAAAGCAAGUAAGAGUACAGGAAGAAGAAGAAGAGGAGGAAUAUGAAGAUGAGGGUGAAGAAGAAGAAGAUGAGUAUGAAGAUGAGGAAGAGGAGGAGGAGGAGGAAGAGGAGGAAUCAGAAGAGGAACAAGUGGUGGUGAAGGGCAAGAAACCUCAAAAAGUUGAAAGUGAAGAGGAAGAAGAAGAUAGUGAAGAAGGUGAAGAAGAGGAAGAGGAGGAAGAAGAACUAGAUGAUGAUGAUGAAGAAGAGGAAGAAGAAUUAUUUGAUGAAGAAUCUGAAGAGGAGAGUUUCAAACCUCCUGAUGAAGGGAUGGAUUUAUUUGAAGCUGUUUGUGAUUUUGAUGGUGAAGAGGAUGAUGAUCUUAACUUUAAGAGAGGUGCUAUUCUUACUAUCCUCAAUGUAAGGGAGGAUGGUUGGUGGAUGGCUGAAGAUGAAGAGGGUAAUAAAGGUCUGGUACCAAGUACAUACCUCAAGCUAAAGAAAGAGCACAAUGACUACAGAGAUGUGCAAUCACCUGAGGUUGAUGAGAGUGGACAGCAGGAUGAAUUGAAUGAGAGUGGUAAAGAGCUAUGGAGAGGUCUUAGAAAGUCAGUUACUGAGACUGGAGUUACUGAUGUAUUAGCAGCAAUGGGUGCUAUACCAGCUGGAUUCAGACCUUCUACUACUGCUAGACAUCUCAAGUCAGAUGCCUACACUCUGUGCAACUUCUUAAAGCCUCGCUUCACAGAGUCUUGUCUAGGGUUCCAGGACCUGAACUGGUCUCCCCAUGAGAACCAGAUACGAGCUAAGACAGUCCGUCUUCAGAAGAUCUUGACCAUCCUCAUGGUCCGUAAUAUGCCUGCUUGUGGUGUAGGAAUUGAAAUCCGAAGUCGGCAUGUCAGAAUCUGUUUCUUUAAUGGGGACAAGAUUCUCAGUAACAUCCACACCAUACAAGCCACAUGGAACAAAAAUGAUCCUAAGACAUGGAGGUUCUCACCAAAGGUUACAUCCCUACUACCUAGUAUAUUAGAUGGAGAUUGUUUUAUACGGUCAUCUCAUACAGAAGAAAAUAUAGGUCUUCUAUUUGAACUGUGUCUUUCGUACGUGAGACCGAAAACUGGAGAGAAAGGAGAAUUAAGCUGUGGAUGGGUCAAUGUACCACUCUAUGAUACAUCAACUGGAGCACCAAUAGUUAAUAAAAUGUAUGACCUUCAAGUGCAAGGUGGGACGCCCUAUGAACAGGAAGUAGAAGUUGACCCCUCCAUCAGUAGGAGAAAAGAUUCAACAAGUUCAACAGGCAGCUCAAGUAAAUUCCGUUCAAUGAUGUCUGCAAACAAGCAACCAAGACUUCAGAUUAAAUUCAUCACACCAACCAAAGAACAGAAACCUCUGUUAGACAUGUUACCAGAAACGAUUGUCAGCUCUCUCAGCUACCUUCCAUUCCUCAGUAUAUUCCGUAAUCUUCAAGCUGUAGAGGUCCUACGGGAUAGGAUAGAUCUCCAGAAUGCAGAUCUGAUUCAUGACCCAGUGCUGGCAAAUUUUCCUGAAGCCACAAAAUAUCCUGACAUCAUGGAUGCAUUAAGGAGUUGCUGGGCAGACAAGAAACUUAAGAACAAGAAGAUUGACAAGAAGAAUCCAGAGCAGAUGAAGGAGCUAUUCAUGACAACCUUCAUGGAUUCAGUGUAUCCUAUUAUGAGAUUACCAUCAUUACCUCCUUACAAGUGGGCUGAUGAAGACAGAGACAUUGAGAGAUGGCAGGUGAUCUCAGAGUUUCUUCAGUCAAACAAACAGAAAGGGAUCCUUGCCUCCUUCUUGGCUCCUGGUGGAGAACACACUCCUUUUGACAUGACAGAGGUGGCCUUCAAUCUGUUUGACUCCUUUCAAGAACUCAAGUGAUUGUCCUCAUCCAAGGGAUCAAUCCUUGCCUUGUUCCAAGCUCAGGAUAGAGAACAGUCACACAAUGAAGGUCCAUUCCAUUCAAUCUUGCCUCAUGUUUAGUUCAAGAUGGAGAUCGGUCAUGUUGACACAACUAUGGUUCAUGGAUGCCUUUAGAUAACUGUAGUGAUUGUUCUACUCCAAAUCCUUUCAUCUUUUAUGGCAUAGAGUGCACUCUUUUUGACCAAAGAGAUAUUACCUCCAAUCAUCUGAUCUAUUGAAGUGAUCGGCCUCAUUACUAUUGCCCAUUGUCGCCAAUCUCCUGGAGUAAAUACAAGAACUAUCUGUGCACAUCCAUUGCCUUUGAUCUUCUGGAUACCUCAUUCCAAGAACUGGAUUGAAUUGACCUCAUUAGUUCCUGAUGGAGGAAUGGUCCUGUUGAUGGGAUGAAAGACAUGAUGGAAAUUUGUACAAGUUGAAAGACUUGAAUCACAUUAGAAUACCAGAGAAAGAAUGUUAUAAACAUGUAACUGAAAUCCCUUAUCUCUUUUAUUUUGAGAUUAGUUCUUUGGAUUUGUCGCAUGGACCCUAUAGUCUUUAUGGACAUAAUUGUGGUUUACGCUGAAGAAAGACGCGUAAGGGGCGUAAAAAGAAAGCAAAGGACCGAAUCAAUUCUUAUCAGAGAUGCCAACUUGUAUUUUGAUUUUAUUGCCAACAUUUUUUCUUUUUUUUUGGAGGGGGAGGAUUGACAAAGUACUUGACAAAGUACAAGUAUUUCCAAAUUCCCAUUGAGUUUCAAAUGUCCGUACACUCAUAUUUAAGGGAUUCAUGUAAGUUGAGAGUAUUCUUUGGUGCUCUUUGACAGAAAAAAAAUGAGCAAAAAUAUCUGAAAUAAACAUUAAAAUUUCAAAAUAAUACAUCAGAAUUCCCUUCAAUGAAUACUCAUCUUUUAAAGAUGAAAAAAAUCAUGAGGUUGUAGUGUUUUUUCUGCUGUUGGAUAAGAAAAAUGGUUGUCAGCUGUGUGUAAUUCACAUUUGUAAGGGAUAAUUACAGAUGGAUCUGUAAACUGCCAUGUACUUAAAAUGAGAAUCUGCCAUGUACUUAAAAUGAGAAUAUCACCGUGCUCGUUGCAUUCUGCACUGAAUUUUGUAUUGUAAACUGUUACACUCGGGGAAAGAUGCUAAAUUCUUUUAAAAUGUACUUGUAAAUAUUAAAAUGUUUUGGACCUGCUAUUUAAUACUGAUAUAUGUGAGUUUUGAUUAUGGUAAAACAAAAAUUUCAGGAAACAAGAUUAUUUCAAAUUCAUAGUAAAUUUGUAUUAAAAUAACACAUUAUUUACUUAUUCUCUGAUUUGUGUUUUAGAUUCAUGUUGUACUACAGUGCGUAUCAAAAAAAAGUUUA